AUGAUGUCGUUCGAAAACGACAGCGAAGCCAGUGUUGCGACGUCGCUCGCUGUGACUGCACCCUCAGCCCCAGCAUCCUCUGCAUCUGGCUCCGGGACGAUCUCGCCGACUUCCGCUGCGGCAUCGCGUAUGUCUACAACCUUGCCAUCCUCGUCAUCAGUGGCAUCUGUCUCUUUUGCGACCCAGCUGGCUACAUCGCCGCAACCUAUGCCUUCUUCGUCAGUCAUGCCGUUGGAAGCGCAGGCGCCAUCACAAACUCAAGCUGCUUCCAGGCUUUCGCCAGCCAGUCAGGUUGGCCUCGGUAGUCCAGACAUCAUCUUCGAAUUCAGCAAUCGACGUUGGAGAACCACUGCAGGUUUCCUGCAGAUGGAACUCAUGUCCGGCAUGAGGCUUGCGGUGCGACCUGGCUUACCGAGCGAUGGACUCCAUGCUUCCCAAAGAGUAUCUGUCAAAUUGGUGCAGCUGGUAGAGCCUGUUGCCGAUGUUGCACCGAACUUCAGGGUUUGGUCAAACCAACCGGAGCAACCCGACCAGAUGGAGGUCAUUUGGGACUACCAGGUCGAAGGCCAACUGCCGACCAUCCGAGCCCUU